AUGACGUUUAAGAUCAGUCAGGUUCCGAAUAAGAAGUUCUACGGCCGGCGUAAGGGAAGGGGGUCUAUGGCUAUCGCGAAGGCGUAUUCGAAAUACGGCGCGGCGAUUCCUGAUGAUUUGCUCUCUGCUGUAGAGGAGAUACUGAAGGAACUCGGGUUAUUAGGGAACGGUGGGGCUGGGAAUAACACGGCUGCUGAUCCUCAAGGCGAGGUAGCAGCGGUUCCGCAGAUGUUUGAUUCCGAGUAUUUAUGCCCGGUAGAGAUCGGUACUCCCCCGCAGACUUUGAAUCUAGACUUUGACACGGGUUCGUCCGAUCUGUGGGUAUUUAGCUCCGAGACACCAGGGAUUCAAGUCAUGGGCCAAGAUGCCUGGGAUAUUGAGCAGAGCUCGACGGCUCAGCUGCUAACGGGGGAAUCAUGGGCUAUCAGCUACGGCGACGGCAGCAGCUCCAACGGUAACGUGUACUUGGACAAGGUCUCGGUCGGUGGAGUUACGGUUCAGAAUCAAGCAGUGGAGUCAGCUCGUAACGUCUCGGUGUCGUUUACGCAACGACCUGAUACAGACGGGCUUCUAGGAUUGGCGUUCGGUUCUAUAAACACGGUUAAACCUACCCAGCAGAAGACUUUCUUCGAGAACGCGGUAUCAGAUCUCGCGUCUCCUCUAUUCACAGCGAAUCUGAGGAAAGCAGAGCCGGGUAAUUACAAUUUUGGCUUCAUUGAUGCGACCGAGUUUACUGGACAAAUCACAUUCGUACCUGUUAAUUCGUCCUCCGGCUUCUGGCAGUUUACCGCCAAGGGGUACUCGAUCGCCGGCUCAAGUGCCGUUUCUGCGCCGCACGAAGCCAUCGCAGACACGGGCACUACCCUCCUGCUUCUCCCGCAAGAGAUUGCAGACGCGUACUACUCGCAGGUGCAAGGAGCCGUCAACGACGUACGGGGAGCAGGGGGAUACGUCUUCCCGUGCUCCGCCUCGCUGCCGGAUUACACGGCGAUGAUCGGGAGUCACCAGGCCGUGAUCCCCGGCGACUUCAUCAACUUCGCACCCGUGGACGGCGACACGUUCGAGGAUGCGACGACUUGCUUCGGCGGUAUACAGGCUUCGCCGGCAACUUUCCCGCUUGCUAUUUAUGGGGAUAUCUUCCUGAAGGCGCAGUUCGUAGUCUUCCACGGAGGUAAUAACGAACUUGGAUUUGCUAAUAAGCCUCUGUGA